AUGGCCCAACCCACCCUAUCAACAACAGCAACAAUAUCCACCCUCAAAACCCCCUCCCGAUUCCUCUUCAUCGCCUCAAUCGGCAACCCCCGCCCAUAUCUCAAAACGCGCCACAGCGCCGGCCACGUUCUCCUCGAUGCCCUCACGCCGCUCCUCCCCGGCCGAUUCCCCCUCGUGUCAGGGAACCCGCACGUCGCGACGGGUCCUGUCUUCCAUCAGACCUGGCACAGCUCGUCGUAUAUGAAUGAGUCCGGGCCGAAGCUUGUUCGUCAGCUGAGUAAGUGGAUGACUGCGACGCAGACGGACGUGUUGGAAAGGGUGGUGCGGUCGGGACAGAUGGUGGUGUUGGACGGGGGCGUGGACGCAGAGGCUGAGCUGCUCGCGCAAGCGCACGCAGGACAAAAUCAAAGACCAGGACAGAAAAGACAAGCACAAAGACAAGGACCGGAAUGGUAUCAUCGCGGCGUGGACCCGUUCUCACUGACACGGGUCCAUCCCACGUUAGUGAUCCUGCACGACGAGCUGGAGGCGCCUUUGGGAAAAGUCACGGUGCGACGGGGCGGGCCCGAGACGGCGAGUCUGCGCGGCCAUCGCGGACUGAUCAGUGUCAUGGAGAGUCUGCGCGGGAAGGGCCUCUAUCCGCCGCGGAGGGCCGGCAAUAAUAAUGGGAUCGCGGGCGAUCUGGCGGUCUUGCGGGUCGGCGUGGGCAUCGGGCGCCCGGAGGCGCGCAAUCGAGGCGAUGUUGCGAAGUUUGUGCUCACGGAGAUGGAUUCCGCGGAGAUGUCAGCGGUUGAGGCGGCCGCGAGGCCGGUGUUGGAUAUUUUGGCGGAUGAGAUGUAUCGGGGAGAAUAG